CGGCCAGGUGUCGCGUUUCAGAAAGUUGUCGUCGGUUUCGUCGUCUUCAAGAAAAAACCUGCGAUCAAGAUGGUGUCCCUGGUGCUGAUUCUACUCGCCUCCCUCAGCCAAACAACGUUGGCAACUUUUGGGCCAACCGUGACAGCCAACUGGGCCGGCCAGUUCCCCUACGUCGUCAAGCUUCAAUCUUCUGCGGAUGCGAUCGAGAUGACCAUUCCCGCGCUGGUUGUGAGCCAAAAGAUGGUCUUGGCCGAACCAUCGUUAUUCAAUCCGAAUUCGCCGACCUCGUACACGAUGACGAGCCAUAACAUGCAGGUCCGUCCGGUGGCCAUAAUGGUCUCGUACGUCAGUAAUUUCGUCGUUUUAAAAACAUGCAAACCUUUUGGCUCCGAGCGUUUCAACCUGACGCUCAGCGAAUUUUUCAACUAUCAAGCUGACAAUACGGACGCGGCCAUUAUUUUCUUCGAGGGCAACAGUUUGAAGUCCAAAUCGACGACUGCGCUGUCGGACACGUCCUGCGAUUCAACGUUUGGAGCUGAUUACACCGAUUAUAACACGUGCAUAGCUCAAGACACGACUGACGAUAUUUGCAAGACGUACUACACCGACGACUAUUACUUUGCAACCUACGUUCGGGAGCCUUUGCUGGUGGUGAACGGCCGAGUGCAGGGCUUCAUGUUCUCGGCAAACUGCGACUCAUACCAUGACAACUCCGAGAAAACCCAAUUUCGCAAGAUCGACAAGUUCCGCUCGUAUAUUCUCGGCAUCACAGGCAUUGUCGUCGACAAUCCUUGAAAAAAAAAACGCUAAUCCAGUGUU